AUGCAGGCAAAAGUAGCCGUCGUUACAGGCGGUGCAGAUGGAUUCGGAGCUACCAUAACAGAUCGAUUCCACCAGGAGAGCUAUCAGGUAAUCAUCAUCGACAUCAAUAAGGAGAAAGGAGAACAGAAAGCCUCUGGAAGUCCAAAUAUACACUUCCUUUUCGGAGACGUGACUCAACAAGAUACAUGGGAACAAGCAUUGGCGCUUGCCCGAGACAGGUUUGGUCGCCUGGAUAUCGUGGUCAACAAUGCAGGAAUCACUGGAGCCCAGAGUCCUGUCCAUACAAAAGACAUGGGCGAGUAUGAACGCACCUUCAACGUGAAUGUUAGGCCAAUUUUUUGCAGUGCCCGAUCUAUUGUUCCAUUUAUGAUGGAACAGGGAAAAGGUGUUUUCUACCGUUUUAAUAAGUGGAUGGUAGGUGCUAUUCAAGCUUCUAACGACAUUAGUACCGGUUGUACACGCCCCCGCCCAGGAUUUGCCUUUUAUAAUGCAUCGAAGGCAGCAGUGAGCAUCGCGACCAAAACAAUGGCAUUAGAGUAUGCGCCCACUAUCCGAUUCAAUUGUAUCGCGCCAGCAGUCGGUAACACAUCUAUGCUUCAAGCAAGUAUUGGUAGUGGAGCAGACUCCCAGGAACGGCUGCAAAGAAUUGAGGAUUUGCUGCCGAUGAAACGAGUUGCUCAGCCAAUGGACAUUGCAAAUGCUGUGUGGUAUUUGGCGACAGACCAAAGCUCGUUUGUGACUGGGACUACCCUGGAGGUAGAUGGAGGACGCGGGAUAUAG